ACAUAUAGAAUACGGGCUCCCCAGAGCGCUGCAUGCAUGCUUUUGUGCAACACGAGGAGGUGAAAGAUUGACCAAAUGUCUGAUCUGCGACCAAAUAAAAGCUUAAUAAACAAUACCUUUGAUGGAUACAAACUUGCGGUAGAUCGUUUAUCUGUUAAUUCGUUGCCUCUUAUAUCAUCCGUUGACAGAACGUCAACGAACCCAAAUAAAUUUUCGUAUGCUUACGUUCGCAGUCAUGAAAUGCGCAACCAUUUGUACAUGGAUACCUGGAGUGGUUGUGUUUAUUUUGUUGAUUCAGAUAGGAGAAUAAAUUCUGUACAUUUUGAUGAGAAUGGCACACAUCAGACUUUGUACCAAGUGUUCACAAUGCCACAACAGACAGAUGUAAAAAAUAAUUCGUUUGGUUGUUCAAUGGUUUUUCCAACUGAAUCACUUUGUGUAGUAACUGAUGGCCAUGGUGCUGUGUAUCUACUAAAAACUGGAAAACGAAAACAAUCCUUAAACCAAGAGUGGACUUUCUUGAUUGAGAAUCCUCUUUAUGACCUGUUAUGCCCCAGUUUUCUUAUUUCUGCCAAAUUUCAGGACAAUACGAACAUGUUACAUGUGGUUACUUUGACUUUAAAAGAUAUUAAACUAGAGAAAGAAACAUCAACAUUUGUAAAUAUACAAUGGUUACAAGUAAAUAUUUCAUUUGAGAAUCCAAACGAGUGUCAAGUAAAGGGGGUAAAAGCAUUUUUAGGAAAAUCUUUACCAAAUGCUUGUUGGUUUAAUGAAGAUUACACACAUUUUUACACAGCUUGUGUCAAACAAUUUCAUCUUGUCGAUCAGAAAACAUUUGAAAGAAUCGAACCCUUGAUACCAAUAGAAGACAAUGUUACUGAAAACAAGUUUUACAGAUGGCACCAAUGCAAAGAAAUGGUUUCAAUCUCAUUUGAUUUUCACAUUACUGAAAGUGAAGUCGACUGCACCAUUGAACACAACAAAAUUGCUGUAAAACUAACAAGUGGGAAAACUUUAUUGGAUGGGAAUUUAGAAAAGGACAUAAUUCCUGAUGCAUCAAAAUGGUUUGUUCAUAAAAAUAGAUUGGAGGUGGUGUUAAUAAAGAAAGAGGAAGCAGGUUUUUGGAGUUCUGUUGUUCCAGGUGAUGUAAAAGGUAUACAUGAUAUUGAAGGUGAAGAAGAAGAAAAAAUUAAACAAGUUCAUGAAGGUUUAUCACAUCUGACAUCAGACAAAGAAGAACAGGGACCAACUGACCCUCACCUCUUCAACAUGCAGCAGUUGGAAGAAUGUGAUGAAAUGACAGAUGAAGAAGAAGUGAAAUUAUUUUCCAUUGAUGUUUUCACGGGAAAGGUUAAAACGCUGAAGUCUUUUGCUGGACAUCAAUGGCUUUUUGUUCUUCAAAACAACCCGAACGAUGUGCCACGAAUUUGCCUGCGUCACGAUGUUGACGGAAUCUUAUGGAAACCAGCUCGUAACCAAGCAGAUGAUUGGGAACACAUAACCACAUUUGAUGCACUCGGUUAUGUUCAAGCUUCGAAGCAAGAGCACAAAUUUACAAUGUGUAGUCCAAAUUUUAAACACGUUUCCAUCACAGAUUGCACUUCAAAUGUUUAUGUGUACGAGACAGACACAUUUAACAGAAAGCAACACAAUCAAUACGUCCCCGCUUUGGGGUCAUGUGAGAAGAUUUUAGGUUGUCAAAGCAGUGAGAAGUACUUAUAUGUUUUAAGUGACACUCAUUUAAAUAUUGUAGAUUUACCCUAAAUGAUAAAGAUUUUUAAAUAUUAAAAAAUUGCAAUCGAUAAUUGAA